AUGCCUGGCACACAGUCAGUGCUCAGUGGACAGCUGAUGGUUUCUGCCCGCCACGUGGGCCAGCGAGCUCUGGCCAGAGCUGAAGCUGUUGCUGAUGGCUUUGCUGAGGACCUGCCUGAGCUCUCCCAGUUGCUGCUUUGCGACCUUACUUUACAUUUUAAUCAUCCUGUGAAGACAGAUGACUUACAGGAACCAGAAGGGAAAACCCCCCUCUUUGAAGAAUCUAAAAUAUCAGAUGUAUCCUUUGCUUCUACCAGUUUUUCUAUCUGAUUUCUUUUUGUUUGUUGUGAAUUUGUAACUGUAUUUAUUGUAGAAUUAACAUGUAUCUGGGAGAAUUGAGUCUACUAAUAUAUUUAAUAUGAUAAAAAACAAAAUAAAAAUAUGAUGAGUUGUAAAUAAUUAUUUAAUAUCCUUGAAGGCUGUUUUAUUGUUUUAAUGUUUCGAAGAAUGGCUAAUUCAUUUCACUAGUGGCAAGAAUAUGAUACAGGAAAUUGGCCAUGGGGCAUUGCUUAUCCUUUACUUUAUGCUUGAAUUUGGCUCAGAUUGAAAGAGAGUUAACCAAAUUAGAAGUGGAUGGUAUGAAUUUGUAUUAAUCAGAUCUCUCCUGGUCACAAGUGCCAAAAACAACUCAAGUUAGCUGAAGCAUUUAUUGGGUCAUGUGACUUGGAAGCGGUUGAAAUAGAUGUCAGGGACUCUACUAAUUUAUCAUCUGUUUAUAACCUGGUUCUAUUUCUGUGCAUUGACUUUAUCCUCUUCUGUUAGACUGGUUUCCUACAUAUGGCAGGUAGAAGAGAGUAGAGACAUGGCAGCGGACAUGAUUCACUACCAAAUAGUUGCUUUGAAAUCUAUGACCUCUUUCAUUUCAGAGAUUUUCAAACAUAAAGGACAGUAGGCCCUAAAGCAAGACACAAGAUCAGCUCACAGUGUCUGCUAUCCUCACCACCCAACUCAGUGUUUAACACAGAAUAGGCACUAAUUAAAUGCUUGUUGAAAUUCUGUUGAAUAAACAUGGAAAUGAAUGAAGAUUUUUCAGCUUUAGAACUCCCUAGCUCUGGACCCUAAAUUGAGAACUCCCAGUUUGUAAGCAUGAAGCUUGAUGAA